AUGGAUUACACUAGAUCAUUAUUCACUCUUUCCGGCCCUGCCACUGCUUCAGAAGUUGAAAAGCACAUUCAAAAUGCGAUUGAAUUUGUCAAAAGGCGCGACCCUGAUCAGGUGCAAUUCAUUCAAGCCUUCACUGAAGUAGCUAACGGUUUGGCUCCAGUUUUUCAAACUGAUCUUAAAUAUCUAGAAAUAUUUUUGUCUCUAUCAGAACCAGAACGGGUUAUCACUUUCAAGGUACCUUGGGUUAAUGAUGCUGGGAAACUUAUGAUCAAUAGAGGUUUUAGAGUACAAUUUAACUCAACCCUGGGACCUUAUAAGGGGGGAUUGAGAUUCCACCCUUCAGUCAACUUGAGUAUAUUGAAAUUUUUGGGGUUUGAACAGAUUUUCAAAAAUAGUUUAACAACUUUGGCUAUGGGAGGUGGGAAAGGCGGUUCAGACUUCGAUCCCAAAGGGAAGAGUGAUAAUGAAGUUAGAUCAUUCUGCCAAUCCUUUAUGACUGAGUUGCAAAGACAUAUUGGCCCAGAUACAGAUGUACCAGCGGGGGAUAUUGGCGUUGGAGAGCGUGAAAUUGGUUUCAUGUAUGGCCAGUACAAGAGAUUAUCCAACUCAUCCACUGGCACUCUUACUGGUAAAGAUCCCAAAUGGGGAGGAAGCUUCAUCCGACCUCAAGCUACAGGAUAUGGAUUGGUUUUUUUCGUCCAAUACAUACUAAAUGACUUGCAUAAUGGGGAUUCGUUUAAGGGUAAACGCGUGGCGAUCUCAGGCAGUGGAAACGUAGCACAAUAUGCAGCAGAUAAAGUAAUUGAUUUUGGCGGUAUCCCUAUCACCUUUUCAGAUUCAUCAGGGUACAUUUAUGAACCCAAUGGAUUCACUAAAGAAAUGGUUACAGUGUUGAUGGAGCUUAAAAAUAUACAGAGAGCUAGAGUCUCUGAGUUUCUCAAGUACUCAAAUACCGCAAAGUUCUUCCCCAACAAAAAGGCAUGGGACGUAGAUACUAAUGUCAAUGUUGCAUUGCCAUGUGCCUGUGAGAACGAACUUGACAAGGCAGACGCUGAGAUGCUGGUUAAGAAGGGAUGUAUAAUCGUUGGAGAAGGAGCCAACAUGCCCACAACACCAGAGGCAAUAUCUGUAUUUAAGGCUGCAAAAGUAACUGUAUGCCCAGGCAAGGCUGCCAAUGCUGGCGGAGUAGCUGUUAGUGGGUUAGAAAUGUCCCAGAAUAGCCAGAGAGAGAAGUGGACCAGUGAGAAAGUUUUGGAAAAGUUACAGGAUAUUAUGAAGAAUAUGUCGAAAGCAUGCCAAGAGGCUGCAGCUAAGUACAACGUACACGGAGAUAUCAUUUCUGGAGCAAAUAUUGCUGGGUUUUUGAAGGUCGCCCACUCUUAUUGUGAUCAGGGUUGUGUCUAA